AUGGGGGAUCCAGGCCAGUCCCCUAGUCCCUGGUCCCCCCAUGGCAGUCCCCCAACUCUAAGCAUUCUCACUCUCCUGCUGCUCCUCUGUGGACAUGCUCAUUCUCAGUGCAAGAUCCUCCGCUGCAAUGCUGAGUAUGUAUCUUCCACUCUGAGCCUUAGAGGUGGGGGUUCACCAGGAGCCCUUCGAGGAGGAGGCCGGGGUGGAGGGGUGGGCUCCAGCGGCCUCUGCCGAGCCCUCCGCUCCUACGCGCUCUGCACUCGGCGCACGGCCCGCACCUGCCGCGGGGACCUCGCCUUCCAUUCUGCUGUGCACGGCAUCGAAGACCUGAUGAUCCAGCACAACUGCUCCCGCCAGGGCCCCACGGCCCCUCCCCCACCCCGGGGCCCAGCCCUUCCAGGCGCAGGCCCGGUGCGCUCCUCUGGUCCCCCAGCCCCGGACCCCUGUGACUAUGAAGGCCGGUUUUUCCGGCUGAACGGUCAGCCCCCAGGCUUCUUGCAUUGCGCCUCCUUCGGGGACCCUCACGUGCGCAGCUUCCAUCACCACUUUCACACGUGCCGUGUCCAAGGAGCUUGGCCCUUGCUGGAUAAUGACUUCCUUUUUGUCCAGGCCACCAGCUCCCCCGUGGCAUCGGGGGCCAACGCCACCACCACCCGGAAGCUCACCAUUAUAUUUAAGAACAUGCAGGAAUGCAUUGAUCAGAAGGUCUACCAGGCUGAGGUGGACAAUCUUCCCGCAGCCUUUGAAGAUGGUUCUAUCAAUGGAGGUGACCGACCUGGGGGCUCAAGUUUAUCCAUUCGAACUGCUAACCCUGGGAGCCAUGUGGAGAUCCGAGCUGCCUACAUUGGCACAACUAUAAUCAUUCGGCAGACAGCUGGGCAGCUCUCCUUCUCCAUCAAAGUAGCAGAGGAUGUGGCCAGGGCCUUCUCAGCUGAGCAGGACCUGCAGCUCUGUGUUGGGGGAUGCCCUCCAAGUCAGCGACUCUCACGCUCAGAGCGCAGUCGUCGGGGAGCUAUAACCAUUGAUACUGCCAGACAGCUGUGCAAGGAAGGGCUGCCAGUUGAAGACGCUUACUUCCAUUCCUGUGUCUUUGAUGUUUUAAUCUCUGGUGACCCCAACUUUACUGUGGCAGCUCAGGCAGCUCUGGAGGAUGCCCGAGCCUUCCUGCCAGACUUGGAAAAACUGCACCUCUUCCCCUCGGAUGCUGGUGUUCCUCUUUCCUCAGCCACCCUCCUAGCCCCACUCCUUUCUGGGGUCUUUGUUCUGUGGCUUUGCAUUCAAUAA